AUGGCACAAGACAUUGAUGAAUCCCAGAAUCUCGGGCCCAAGGACAGGCUAUUGUACGGAGGAGACGGCUGGCCCACACAACCGUCCGUCCGUCUCCGAUGCUCUGGUUGGAUGCAUCCCUGCUCUUCCAGGGCGGCCGAUGAGAGCGAGAUGAAGCACGACGUUGAUGGCGACGUCUGGACAAGACGCCUAGCUGGUUCCUAUGCCAUCAUCGCCUUCAGACAGUCAGGAGCUGCCGAGUCUCUAUCCCGGGAAGAGCGCAAGCGCAAGCCUCCCGCGCCACGGUUCCGUCGUCUUGGCUUGGGAUUUCCGUCGAGCGACUCCAGAUUCAUCUCUCCAGCAGAUUGGUCUCCGCUUUCUCUCUUCCUCCCCACCACCAUUCCGCCACUGUGGUGCUGCCGCCCGUCAUCAAGCGACCAACACGUCCAAAGGGAAAGCCACGCAACCGGUCAGCUCAGCCAGCAAGCUGGGUCGCCCAUGCACUGGAACCUGCUCAUCGGUACGGAGUGUCGUCCUGCUCCGACUCCACCCCACGGACCACAACCGCAGCACCUAUUGCCGCUUUAUGCAUAG